AUGAAACUUUUUCUUCCAUUUCCUGAUAGAAUCUGCCUACUGAGCACAGACAAAUGGCAAGUACUUACAAGGCAACCUGAGGGACCCUACAUGUACAUUACCCAUGUACAGCGGCGUGGCGACUGCGAAUGCAGUGACGUUGCAGAGGGGAACGUCCACUGCCCCCUCUGCGAUGUCUGCCCGUAUGCAUGGUCCUGCUCCUGCACGGACAAUCGUGCAGGAAUUAGUUGUAUGCAUCGCCACGCCGUGAUGCUUCACUGUCAGCCUCCCAAUAGGGCGGCAUUUAGAAUCACUGCGGAACAGGCAACUGAGGAAGUGGUGGUACCUGAGGAUACCCCCGGACCAAGUACUGCACCAUCCUCGGUGGAAAUAAGCGCCGCUCAGGAAAGAAGGGAGCAAAGAGAUCAAUUAAGAAGCUCUAUCAAUAUGAAAGUAUCUGUGCUUCAAACUAAUGUGAAUGCAUUAGUCAACACAGAUACCGAGGAGGCAAAAGAAAUGCUUUUGGCGAUCGAGGACUUGGUAGAUGAAGCCUCGAAAAUUUAUCUGACACCUUUGACAGGGAUAGCCGUGCGACCAGAGCAAGCGAAACAUGGAGGGAAACCGAAGCAAUCAAAAGUACAGCUCUACACACGUAAGCAAAGCCGUGUUGCGAAAAGCGGUCCAUCACAUGACGGUUCUGGCAAUGAUGGCGAAGAGUCUCGAGAA